AAUCAGUUCGGGAGCGGAAUGCAGCAAGCUCGCUCAUCAUUUCUAAACAGCCUGCGUACUGUUGCAGGCGGCAUCUUCAACAUGCCCAAUGAAUUUUUCGUUUCGAAUACGACCGAACUUCCCUCUCACAGGUCACAGACUGAUCGGAUGGGAAGCAGGCAAGGCAAGGCCUAUGAUAUCUUCAAGGCGCCCAUACUUUACCCCGAUCAUAUCGUGAACGAGAAGAAAAUCUUCAGGAACUGGAUAGUCAUCGCAAAGGCUAUGAAGGUUGCGGUAUGCGGAAAGAUGUCAUUGUAUUCCAAAGCACGUGGCGGACCACCUUCCUACGCUAAGAUGUGGAAGCUCACAAGCUGCACUCCUGGCCUGAUCACAUUUAGCGUCACAUCGAUCAUAUUCAUCCUGUCCCCAGACCAGGAAUUCUCGGGUGAUGGAGUUGGUGCCAUUUCCUCGAUCGCGUAUCACUCCCUCUUUCAGACAGUCAAGAAAUUCUUCGUUGUUAAGUGGAACCACCAGCGCAUCAAAUCGGUCGUCGAGCAAAUCAACGGAUACGUCUUUGAUGGUACCGUCAAGACGCAGCCAUCCAAUGACACUCAGUGCACCAUGGAGCAAGUCACUGAAUCACUUGAUCGUGUUAUGGCCGCGCUGGAUGCCAGUGAUUCAGACUCAAACGAUGAUUCAGACUCAUUGGAAUAUGUUAACUUGCCGGUACAGGCAGCUAACAUCCAUCCGACUGUAACUGCAGCUGCAGCUGCAACCAUUUCAACCUUGCAACCUAAGACAGCCGUUGACGCUCCCCAACUCGAAGCCGCAGCCCGCAACCCAAAGCCGCAGUCCCGCAGUCCGAAGCCGCAGCCCCGGGCCUAUCAUUCAAGUUGA